CCCCCAAAAACCUCCAAACAAAUUCCAAUUCCUCCCCUCCCACGGUUCCACUCCAUCCCCCCCGGCGCCCCCGACCCCGCCUCGCUCCGGAGAGCCUCCUCCCCGGCCACCGCCAUGCUGCCCGCGCGCCUCCUCAGGCUCUCGCUGGUACGCCGCCUCGGCGCUGCCCGCGCGGCCGGAGUGCCCCCGCCGUGGCAGACCAGGAUAUUUCCGGUGAGGGGUUACCAGGCUCGAGGUUAUUCUACCGGAGGAAGCUCCAAGUAUGAUAAACCGAUGAGACAGUUUGCUGAAGAGAACGAGUCAAAUUCUCAGCCACUAAUAUAUUACAUUGUCCCAUCUGCCAUUCUAGCCUUUGCUGGACUAGGCACUUAUGUUCACUAUAAUGAUGAGAAGCGUGCGGUUCCCUUAGGUAAACAAGCAGAACAGUCCGGUAUUACCAAAAGGUGCACUACCAACAGACCUGCAAUCGGAGGACCAUUUAAGCUCUAUGAUACGGAAAACAAUGUGGUGACUGAAUCAAAGCUUCGAGGGAAUUGGACGCUGAUGUAUUUUGGCUACACAUCAUCCCCAGACGUGGGGCCAAAAGAAGUUCAGAAGAUCGCUGAUGUAGUUAAGCUGUUAGAGUCAAAGUAUGAUAUCAAGAUUAAACCACUCUUCGUCACACUUGAUCCUCAACGUGAUUCACCUGCUCACCUUAAGGCAUAUCUUAGUGAAUUUGACCCAAGAAUAGUAGGAUUAACAGGCUCAGUCGAUGCAAUAAGACAGAUGGCACAAGAAUACCGCAUUUUCUUUAAAAAAGUUGGUGAAGUUGGUCAGGAUUAUAUUGUAGAAAGUUCUCAUAACAUGUACUUGCUAGAUCCAUGCCUGGAGACAGUAAGAUGCUUUGGAGCUGAGUAUAAGGCAUCAGACCUUGCUGAGGCGGUAACAACGGAGAUCCAGAAGGCAUCUAAUUCAGCAGCAAAGUAGUCUAGUAUGUUGCCUGUGGUAGCUUGGCAGAUGUGAUGGUGAAAGAAUUUAUCUUCUGGUGGUUAAUUGGACCUAAUUCUUCGGGUUUCGGUAGUAUCCAAUGUCUGCUCCGAAGGUCACCCCCCUACCCAUGUGCAGCCUUGCCGGUGACAUGGCGAACCCUUCAUUCAGCCCUGCCUUCAAGUGAUUCAGGAUUCUAUUCCUAUCUUCGAUCUUUGCUGUACAACUAGACUUGAGCAGAAGUGUAGAGUGCCUCACGCGACGAGUGUUUUUACGAAGUUACAAACCACCUGCAGUUUGGCACUGCCUGAGUGAUUUUCAAACUAUCGUGUCUUCAUCUAACUUGAUGUGCUGAAACUACAUGUAGCACGGACCCAGGAACUCAUUAAUGCCGUUUGGAUGAACAGGUGAACAAGAAACUUUGCAGCA